CGGGGCGUGGGGAGGCUGCAAGGCGUCGCUGCUCCGCCCGAGCGGCCAUCCCGGCAGUGGGGACCAGGAGCCGGCUCAACUUGGGGCUCGGGAUAUCUGAAUGCCACGGAAACUGCGAUCCUACCCAAACGAGUCAGGGAGAGAGCAGCCGAGGGCGUGCGCGAGCUGAGUGAGUGCUUACGUCGCAGCGAGAUCUGUGCUGGGAUAAUUAGAGAGGAGUUAGGCUGAGCCGCGUCCUCUUUGAGCAGCGGCAGCCGCAGCCGCCGCCGCCGCCGCAGCAGCAGCCCGGAGGGGCGCGCCCGACUGCGGCCGCUGGGCAGCGCCCAGGGUGAGGCCCGCGCCCCGCAGCCGCCGCCCCGCCGCGCCCACGGUCCCGGCGGCUCCGGGCUCACAAAGGCGGCGGCUACCCGCGUGGCCUUCUCCAUCCAGGCGUUCGAUUCUCGCUCCCUUCCUUCUCCUCUCCCGAAGGCGAGAAUGGCAGGGCCGGGCGAGAACCUGGGGCAACGGUGGCCCUAGCUCUGCUCCCCCACCCCUCCUGCGGGGAGAGGAAGCGGGCUGCUCGCGGACGAUGUGGUCAGGGCUGCUCCCCAGAGCGUCUUCUGCCCGGGUCCCAGCUGCCGUCCCUCUUCUCUGCUCGCUCCAACCCACCGAGAGGGGCUGAUGCUGCUAUCGCCGCCGCCGCCUCCGAAGCCGCGGCCGAUGGAUGCCAGGGAGGGCCGCCUUGCUUAGCGUCCCCGCCUCCGGGUUUGCUGACGCUCUCUCCCCCGCCCUGAGCUCCGCGCUGAAGAGCCGCCUUAUUAUUAAUCAGAAUUUCCAUCGUUAUCCCUGGCAGGAGCAUCCUUCAGUAGGGACCGCAGAAGCAUCACAGUGCUGGGGCUGAGAUGUGCAUGGGGGCUGUUUCUGUUACAUCUCGGAAGAGAAGAGGACAGCACCAAGAUCAGCACCACCUGUGCGGGGUGCAGUUAGGGGUGUUUUGUUAGGAGAGAGAAAGGACAAGAAGAGGAGUGCUGGGCCGCCAGAGGUCCACAUCUCUUUAAAGGAAAGGGACAAGGGAACUAAAGUGGGACAUUGUUUUUAGUGGGUGGGCAAAGAAGUUUAUAUCCUCCAUAGAAAAGGUGUGGGGAAGCAGGAGCAACAGGGUACUUGACUGGACACCAAGACAAAUCGUUUCCUGUAAAGAAGAGGAAGCAGGCAGCAGCGAGGUCUGGAGGCCGGUGUGUGGUAGUGACCAGGGCCAGCGGUGCAGUGGGACAGCCAGCAAGAGAAAGGCAGGGCUCAGGAACAAGCAGAACAAUGACUCAUUUACAGGCUGGUCUCUCUCCUGAGACCCUGGAGAAAGCCCGCCUGGAGCUCAAUGAGAACCCAGACACACUGCACCAGGACAUCCAGGAGGUGAGGGAUAUGGUCAUCACCAGGCCGGACAUUGGCUUUCUCCGCACAGAUGAUGCCUUCAUCUUACGCUUCUUACGGGCCAGGAAGUUUCAUCACUUCGAGGCUUUCCGCCUCCUGGCCCAGUACUUUGAGUACCGGCAGCAGAACCUGGACAUGUUCAAAAGCUUCAAGGCCACUGAUCCGGGCAUCAAGCAGGCACUGAAGGAUGGCUUCCCUGGGGGCCUAGCCAAUCUGGACCACUAUGGCAGGAAGAUUCUAGUCCUUUUCGCUGCCAACUGGGAUCAGAGCAGGUACACACUGGUGGAUAUUUUGCGUGCCAUCUUACUUUCUUUAGAAGCCAUGAUUGAAGAUCCCGAGCUUCAAGUGAAUGGAUUUGUUUUGAUCAUAGACUGGAGUAACUUCACCUUCAAGCAAGCCUCUAAACUUACACCAAGCAUGCUGCGCUUGGCUAUCGAAGGCCUUCAGGAUAGUUUCCCAGCACGAUUUGGAGGAAUUCAUUUUGUCAACCAACCAUGGUAUAUCCAUGCCCUGUAUACCGUGAUCCGGCCUUUCCUGAAGGAGAAGACUCGGAAAAGGAUAUUUUUGCACGGUAACAACCUGAACAGUCUGCACCAACUAAUUCAUCCUGAGAUUUUGCCCUCUGAGUUUGGAGGAAUGCUCCCCCCUUAUGAUAUGGGAACCUGGGCAAGAACACUGCUAGACCACGAGUAUGAUGACGACAGUGAAUACAAUGUGGACUCCUACAGCAUGCCUGUGAAGGAGGUAGAGAAGGAACUCUCCCCCAAGUCCAUGAAGAGAUCCCAAUCAGUUGUGGAUCCUACAGUGUUAAAACGCAUGGAUAAAAAUGAGGAAGAAAACAUGCAACCUUUGCUCUCUCUGGACUGAUAACUUCUCUACCCUCCCCAUGGAUUAGAAAUGGAAGGUACUUGUUUUCAGCACCAGGGCCAGCGCUGUGGAGGAAUUACCAGCUGGAAAUUUAUUUAUUCACGUUAAUGUAGCAUAAUAUAUAAGACAUCAGGCUUUCCCGUUUGCCUGAACCAUGGGUGCCCUGGUCUGAAUUUUUUUUAAAAGGUCAAUAAUUUAUUCUGUAAGUGCCAAGUUCUUUGUAAAUACAAUGUACUCUUCACGUCAAGUUUGUAAAUUUUGGUAGUAACUUAAAUUGGAAGAUUGGCUUAUGAGUCUAUGCCAGUGAUAUGAACUAUAACAAGAACAGAAAAGACACAUAAGCAAUUAAAGCUAAUUAAAUGUAGCCCUGUUUCCUAUGAAGCCAUAUUUCAGCUAUCAUAGUGAUUGUUUCAUUGUUUUUCUCUGAAACUGUCGUACUCAAAUGUACAUUUAAUGGGCACAGGGAACUAGAUGAUUCUAGGAAAUUAUUAUGAUAAAUGUAUUAACUGUCUAGUGAUUUUCAGUUCACAGAAAAUGUACCCUGGUGACUAUCACUGGCCUUGCAUUUGGGAGACAAGGAAUGGCAAAUGACCUGGUAAACUCAACACUUGAACUCUUCUAUGUUGUUUAAUUCCUGGAGUCUUGUGAAAAAAAUAUGUUCCCCAAAUUAAGAUGUGGAAUUCUGAAAGAGAGUGGAUUCUUUUUAAACUGCUGUCUUCACAAUGUGUCCUUUAUUCCAGACCCCAUUUUAUCCCUGUCUGAUGUACUUUAAGAAACUUUUUCCCCCAAAACUCUUUGAUCAAGAGAAAGAGAACUCAUACAUGAAUAGUAUUUGACAGCUAAUUUUGAACAUAAAAGUUGCCAAGUACCAAUAAGGGGCUAAUUUCUAAUUCUUGUGCACUGGUUGAAAAAAUAUAUAUAUUCUCACACACGUAUAUAUUUUUACUGAGCUCUAAUAAAUCCUCAAUGUGACAGGCUUACAAAGUAAAUCACACAUAUUCAAUGGUCUUAGAGACGUAAUAGAUUACUGUAUGCAAUGCUAACUCUGGAAAACCGCUUCCAUUAAAGUUAAUGAAAAUGAGGUAUAGUAAAACAGACUUUCAGUGAACUUAUUUAAGGGAAUUCAAUUUAAUUUGUAAUGCAAUCUUGACUCUGCCAUUUUAGUGCAAUAUAUUUUGUCUUCAAAAAAACAACAGGUAUCAACAAAGGCAGUAGGCAGUAUCAGGUGAUGGAGAGUAAUAUUGUUUUCCCCAAUUUCAAGUUAAUUUUCCUAAUGAUCCAGUAAGUUCACGUUUUCUUCUCAGAAAAGAUUUUAAGAGCAUAUUGCAUCCAGGAGAGAUAAUGAAAUCUUCUGAGGGCAUCUGAGAUACUAUAUUAUAGUAUAAAUCUAGAUUUGGAAUCCUUAUGUUAAAGUUUUCACUUCAUAAAAAUUCUGCAAUGAUAGCACAUUUUAAAAAUUUAACUUUAAAUUUCAAAUUCUAGUGUGAAAAAGCAAGAUUUUUACCACCUUUUCAGAGUGGUAAUUUUUGAGACUGAGGAUUUAACAUUAAAGUAUUCUUUUGAAAGAAAAAUAUCUCAAGGAACUUUUGGAAACCAACAGAAAUAAAGGCAUGUAGCAGCCUUCAUAUACUUCUUAGUCAAAAGCUUUAAAAAGUCAAGUUCUAAUUCUAUAGCUAAGAAUCUUAAAAUCAAGAUCAGUACACAAUUCUGCAGUGUCACCAAUGGACUGUCUAGUAUUUGUAAAAAUACAUAAAUAUACAUUAAAAAUAUGAAUGCAAGAUACCUUAAAAAUGCUGACCUCCAAUCAAAUGCAGAAGAAUAAUGACUGUCGGUCCUCUGCUCCACCCAUAAAUAUUACAGAGAUUGGAAUGCAUUGGAAUAAAAAGCCACAGCAACUCUUAAUCUAAGAACCUAACCAAUGUUGUUCUUACGUUUUUGCCAACUUGACAUACAUUUUUUAGCAUUGGGCUUUAUAUACUAUACAAGCAAGUGUUAGACAAUAUGAUGGAAUAAAAUGGAAAGAAAGUAAGUACAGGAGGCCAGUCAACCUUGCAUUUUCAUGAGUUUCAUUUGAUAUGCACCAUUUAUUGCCAAUUUUCAGAAUUCUACCAGCUUCAGAUGUCAACCAGCAUAGCCAGCUUUUUUUUCCCCCUGUCAUAAGCUAGUGUCAUAUACAGAAAUAACUUGGAAGGCAUAUUUUAUGUGUAUACCUACCCACUUAUAAGUAUCAUUCACACUCUCUCCCUACCCCACAUUUGGAAACUGCAUUGGCAUUGCUGCUUGACGGCUCUUUUUCAAAUGAGCAAUUGAGAGUUGGCUGGAUUGUGUAAAAUAUUUUUAAAUGAAUGAACAAAUUACAACAAUGAUGUGUUUUGAAAUUGCUGUAUCUAGUUCGGUCUGCCUAUGUCUUUUCAGUCUGGAAAAAAAUUCCAGUAAUGUUUUUGAAGCUGCUUAGAGAACAUUUGAUCAACUUUAUGAAUUUUCCCCUCAGCACCAGCUAACUAACACUGUUUAGGAAUUUUCUUUUUCCUCAUGUGAUUUUCUGUGUUACGUUGCUAUGUCUACUGUUACAUACAUAGUAAAUAAGCACCCUUAUAUGCUUUCGAUUUCAUUGAGAUAGUACAUCCCCACUCACACAUACACACGAACACUAGACUGUUUGCUCUAAUGAUUUGCCUCUCUAUUUUGAGAGCUAUGCUUUUCUUUUUCAGUUAUCUUGUUACUUAAAAUUUGUAGACAUCAAAGAAUUACCACGUUUGAUUUGGAAUAGGCCCAUAAUUCAUUUACUUCCCUCACUUAGCCUGCCUAACCUUCUAUUUCUUGUAUCAUUUCUUUUCUCCAGUGUUUCAGGGGCAGCUGCUUCCAAAGCUGGUUUAAAAAUAAGUAACUUCCUUAUGUUGUCCAUGAUAUUUGCACACAUUUUUGACUGAUAUUUUACAAGGAAGAGAUUAUCAUAAAAAUAUAUUCUAAGAAAUAUGAAGAAGUGCCUCUUUAAAAAUGGAAUAAAGCAGUGAUACUAGAAUAUGGAUUCUAUUUGUUCUCUCUUCCAAAAAGUAAAUACAUGCAUCUAUUAUAUUAUAAGGGUGAAAUAUAGCUAUAAUUUGAAGAAGGAUAUUUGAGGUCUUGCUUUGAGUAUUCUCGUAUAGUAUUGUCUUUAUUGUGUAAGUUCAAUACAGUAACUUCAACAUGUUACUGACAAACAUGGCACUAUGCUAAAACAAUAUACAAAUAUUAAAUUGAGUGUUGCAAGCAAGUUUUUGAAGUGCAUGCAUGAUUACUUUUAUUUCAUUAAUAGUUUGCAUAAGUGUAGGCAGAGACAUUCCUUAAGUGUUUUCAUAUAAAAUGCUUGUUUACUUUACAGUACUGAAAAUUCAUACAUUCAUAAGCAAGAAAGCCAAGCAGCUGGGUUCUCUUUAAUAUUAACUAGGUCACAUUGUUAAAUUAAACAUUUGACGUUUCUGUAAUAUUUCUGAGGGAACAGAGGUCCCUCUGAUGCAUCAAGAUAAUGCAGAAUUGUUUGAAACAUCAAGAAACAUGUUUACUACUCUUCACAAAAAGAAACUUUUAGAGCUAUGGCAGUGUGUCUUCAGGAACAGACUUCCUUUUCAUCUACAAAUAACCCAAAAGCGUAUGGACAUGCUUAUGGUCCUUUAAAGAAGUUAUAUCAAGAAAACCUGCUGAAAGUUUAUACAAUCUUAUGUUAUUUUAUCUAAGCGUCUAGCUGGUUUGGUUGGUUAAUAAUUUCUUUUGCUUCUUAUUUGGUGUGUGUUUAUUAAUAAUUACUUGAAAAAUUGCCACCAGUUAUGAGGACAUUUCAGAAUGACUUUCAACACAAAAUAAAAGGAGCAGAGCUCUGGCA